AUGGAUCAGACUGCAAUUAUGACUGCUUUUGUUACUUAUUUCUGUCAAAGUGAUACUCUGAAAAGAUUUUAUUUGUUUAGAGAGUAUGAAACUCCUCCACUUAGUGUGGCAUCAAGGACUCGAUGGCUUGAAAUUGUAAAACAUAUCAGAGAUAUCGAAGAAAAUUAUGGUCUGAUAUUGUUGUAUCAACAACAACCAAAAGCACACAGUGAUAUGAUUGCAUACAUGAAAAAGAUCUUUGUUAAAAAAACAAAUCUUUACCCAAUAAUAGAAACAUUUGAAUUGGAUAAAGAUAAAACACUUAUGAAUUUCAAAGCUUUGCACGAUGUUCUGUAUCUUGUGAAAAGUCUUUGCACUGUAUUCCAAGAAGAAAAAUCAUUUAUAUUUGUAUUUUGGGAGCGAGUUCAAUUAUUCCGAAUGUAUCUGAUCAAUGUUUUAAAUAAUGUGCGAAAAAGUGAUUAUUCGGAUUUGUAUUUCUUGGGUAAUGACUCGAAUUGUAACACCCCAAACACUGAAGUUGACUUGGAUCUUUUACAGUGUUUAUUACAAACUGUUAUUCAAUCUUUUGAUAUCAGAUUCAACACGAUUUCAUCUUCUGAAGAUAUCAGACAAUUUGUUGAUGUUUUGAAAAAGUGUUCCAAUUUGCCAGAUUAUUUGGUUAACAGUACAAAUAAUUCAAUGGAUGAUGAUGAGAACAGAAUCGGGGUUGAUAGUGAAGAUGUUGUUGAAACCACUUCUGAAGAAAUUGAAGAAGUUGAACAUUGUAAUGACGAGAAUGAAGUGAACAAUAUCCUCGGUGAAAUGUUCGGAGAAUUACCAAAGAAUGAUAUUGAACUAAUCAAUGGUAAUAAUUUAAUAGGAAUUGAUAAUACCGACUUUAACAUUGAAGGGCUCAUGUACAUGUUUUACAAACCAGAUGAAAUUAUCAACAAAUUUUCCGAUAACACACUUGAAAAAAAAGUGAUUCUACAAUACCCAAAGAAUUUGAAGAUACCAAAAAAGAACUUGAAAAAUUGGAAUCUCUUAUUGAAAGUAAUUUGGAUUUGA